CCCAUCAAAAGCCUUUCGAACUACAUUCAUUUCUGUUGACAGCAGCUCUAACUUGAAGAACCAAUAAAGGGUUGCAAAUAGCUUCGCAUUUUUCAUGAAAGGGAGAGCCCAUCAGUUGGUCUUGUCGUUUUUAAUAGGUAGGGGUCAACAUCAACACAAACUGCCUUAUCGCUUCGUCGAUUCUCUUGCUACAACUUCUGGACAAAGUACAAUCCAUAGUACUACUUGCAGCAUGUCGUACAGCGGAGGAAGGAGUGGUGGACGUGGGGGAGGAAGAGGCCGUGGUGGUGGUCGUGGAGAAUACUAUAAGAACAAAUACGGUGGCGGCGGCGGCAGAGGGCGAGGUGGCAGAGGGCGAGGUGGCGGUGGUAGGGGAGGGUCCGGUGGUGGAGAUCGCGGUCACCCUUUGCCCUCGGGGGGCGGUUCGUACGAUCACUUGCAAAGCCUUGUCCAGAGUCUUGAUGGAAAAUCCUAUCCCGCGUACCAUAGCCUGGACACUGAUCUCAAGCGUGGAUGGGUCGAUUUGGAACGGGGAUUCACCCUGUUCUGCGAACGAGCCCAGAGCGACCCCUUUGCGCCCCCGACCCGGUGCAGAAUUGUGGUGGACGCCUCGAAAGCGGCAUUUCCCCCGCAGUUGUAUUCCAACCGAAUAAAAGCCGUAGCCCUGGCCGACUUCCUGCUCCGCAAUCUCUAUAGCACCUGCAAGAGCUUGGGUGCGGAUGCCUCCAUGAGAGGCAGUGGCUGGAAAGGCCCCAAAGGUGGUGACAUCCAGGUUCUCGAGCCCUGCCAGCACGUAUUGGAACAAUCUGCUGUUCGGAUCGACCCCUCCACCGGAAACAUCGUCACUCAGAUUACCGUCAACCUGCCGGCGCGGGGACGGACCAUCCUGGGGCAUGCAGCGGAAACUAUUUUCGCAAACACCAUACCCACUAUGAUAGAACGCUGCUUGUGUUACGCCUCGCAUUCCGCCGAUCAGUUGAGACAACACGUAGAAACGGUGGAAGAUCAGGUUUGGCUGCGAGAGCAACUGGAAUCCCGCAACAUAGUCGCCUUUGUUCGAAACGGGGCCAUUCUGCCACGAAAAAGCGGUGCCGAUGAUCGCCCCAUGGCUAAGAGCGAGGCUGUCCCGUUUGAAUCGCCGUCACGAUUGACGAUUAAUUUCACUCUUCCAAACUCUGGCGUCACUGUAAAGGGAAUGGGGAUCCCGAAAGGCAUAACGCUCAUCUGUGGAGGAGGUUUCCAUGGGAAGUCCACUCUGCUCGAAACAUUGCAAUUGGGAAUAUAUCCAAAGAUUCCGGGAGAUGGUCGCGAGUUUUGUGUGACUUCGAUGUCGGCGGUCAAAAUCCGAGCAGAAGACGGGCGGAACAUUCGUUCUGUCGAUAUAAGCAAUUUCAUCAACAACUUACCAUUCGGGAAAAACACUACGUGCUUCUCCAGUGAGGACGCCAGCGGGAGUACUAGUCAAGCCACAAGCAUCGUCGAGGCACUCGAAUGUGAUGCGAAAGCUUUGCUGAUUGACGAAGAUACAUGUGCUACCAACUUUAUGAUUAGGGACGACAAAAUGAUGCAACUAGUUGCGGCCGAAAAAGAACCGAUUACACCGUUUGUUCGAACUGUUCGAUCCCUAUACGACGAUUGUCAAGUGUCGUCAAUUUUGGUGAUUGGAGGAACUGGGGACUAUUUUGAUGUGGCCGACAACGUUUUGGUGAUGGAUUCCUACAAGUGUUUUGAUGCGACCGAGAAAGCGAAGAUGAUUGUAGCAAACUCAAAAGAGGCAUCUGAAUUGCCACAUACAUCAUCACAAAGUGUUACCUUUCGACCAGUGGAGAGAACGCGACAUAUAAGUGGAAACGCCUUUGCUCCAAAUGGGAAAGUGAAAACAAAUUCUCAAGACUCCAUAUCCUAUGGAGAAACCGAACUCGAUCUAAAGUGUAUGGAACAGCUUGUCACAAAAGCACAAACAACGGCUCUUUCAGCUGCCUUGCAGCGCUUGCCCGAACUAUCGAAGGGGGAUCAAUCUUUCAAGAAAAUUCUGUACAAAUUAGAUAAACUGAUUGAUAACGAAGGUCUCGAUAUCUURGCUCCUGGCCAAUGCCAUGGAGGGAUGGCACGUCCCCGCCUUUAUGAGAUCGCAGGUGCUAUAAACCGUCUUAGACGGGAGAACAGUAUUACUCAAAAGUAAAUACUGAGCUUAAAUUCUAAGCU